AUGGGAGGACACUUGUCACAUUUGGAAAGGGAAGAAAAUUCCGAAAAAUUGAAUGCUUCCUGUGGUCCUAUUAGAGGAAAUGCUUAUAGACAUAAUGAUAAAAUAGUUGACGGAUAUCUUGGAAUACCUUAUGCCAAGCCACCAGUCGGAGAACUGCGGUUUAAGAAACCAGUGCCCGCCGCUAUUUGGACGGAAACCAGGAACUGCACAAAGUAUGGCCCAAGAUGCCCACAAUCCGGAGCUUUUCCGGAAAUGAUUAAUUUUCAAAAAGAAGAUAUUCCUGACGAAGCUAACUGUCUUACAUUAAAUGUUUUUGCACCAAGAUGGGAGUCAGAGGAGUUCAAGAACAAACGACCGGUUAUGGUAUAUGUUCACGGAGGAGGAUUUGAGCUAUCUGCUUCACGGGAUUAUUGUGAUUAUUCGGUGUCUGGAACUCUGCCACUAAAAGACGUUGUCGUUGUAACAUUAAACUAUCGAGUAGGAAUUCUUGGCUUCUUCACUACUGGUGAUAGUGCUUGCAGAGGAAAUUUCGGACUUUGGGAUCAAACAUUGGCGUUAAAAUGGGUUCAAAGGCAUAUUUCUUCGUUCGGAGGCGACCCUCAGAAUGUAACAGUUUUUGGGCAAAGUGCGGGCGGAGUCAGUGUAGACAUGCUUUCACUAAGCCCGCACUCGAGGAUUUGUUCCAAAAAGUUGUUCCAAUGUCUGGAAAUGCUCUAUUUGAAUUUGCGUGUCGCUCUUCAAAAAAUGCCGCGAAAGGUUGUAUUGAAUAUAUCAGACAUAUUGGCUACUCCGGCAGCGACAACUCCAACGAAAUUCUCGAUUGGCUCAGACACAAACCAAUUGAAGAAAUGGAGAAACUCCAAGGAUUUCAGCUACCAAUAACUGGAUAUUUCAUAUAUCAGCCUAACAUUGAUGGUGAGUUCCUACCAAAACCACUUGAUGAUUUGAGACGAGAAUCUCCAAAAAAAUCCAUGAUGAUCGGAGUUGCUGAGCAUGAAGGACUGUUUUUCACAUUCAAUGACGAUAAGAGACCUGCUAAUCGAAUUCUACAGGAGUUGAUUUACGUGUCAUUUAAAGAAGACACUGGGAAAGAAUUUGAGGAUACAAGGGACAAAGUAUACAAGUAUUACACAAGAGGAGUCGAUCCAACUGAUGAAAAAAAGUUAAAAGAGAAGCUGGUUGAGUUCCUCGGGGAUUUUAUAUUCAACGGAGGAGCUAUUGCCACGGCACAGGAUUUGGAUGUCUUGACGAAAUAAUGCCUUUCGUCGGGCCCACUCAUUGCACAGAUCUUCGAUACUUGCUUGGAGAAGGAUUAUACAGUGACUUCAAGCCAGACGAUACUGACUGGAAAAUGAUCGACGAAAUGACAACUUUGUACACCAAUUUUGCAAAAUAUGGAAAUCCAAACGGAAAUGAAGGAGCUGGAAGUUGGGAGCCUUAUACGUUGGUUAACCCCGAGCGCCAUUUCAGAAUAGGAUACCCACAAGGGGAAAUGAGAAACGAGUAUCACAAAGGAAGAUGGGAGUUCAUGAAAGGAAUUAGAGAUAGAAACAAUGUUCUGAAUGAGGUUGUCUAUGGAAUAUUGUAA